AUGGAUCAGGCACCGCGGAGUGAUAAUGAUGGCUACAACAAUCUGUUUCCAGAUAGUCAGACAUAUCAUGCAUAUGACCCAUCUUUCCUGAACGGCGAUCCAACACUUCCCGACGCUAGCUGGGGCAUAAACGCCAGCAGUCAAUUCCUGGACACAAACUCGUCACGUGUCCAACAGCCCAUGCCAAGCUGGCAGGCGAAUGCGAACCACUUGUCUACCACUUCCGCACAAAGCGAUGCAUACUCUCGAUCCCUGUCACACAGCCCAGUACCUUUCGGACAGAACAACUUCAGUAACUAUGCACCGCCGAAUACUGUGCAAUACCGUCAACAGUCAACAUAUGAUCCGGCACUCUUCAGCACUGCAGCCUCCGGACAGAACUUUAACGCCAGCUAUGGAGGCUACAGCAACCAAAAUUUGGGUACGAUUGCACCGCAAGCAUUACAGCAUAGCGCUCCCUCUCCAGCUCCCAAUGAUAAUGCAUAUGCUGGGAUGAACUAUCCUCAGAACAGUUUUGGUCAGCAACGCAAUGCCGCUGCCCUAGCGCCUCAGAACAUCGACCAGAGAGCACUGUGGGCUUCGAUACCGAAUGGCGUCGAUGAUGGCUACAUGUCCACCAUCAACUUUGACCAGAUGGUCCGCGCCACCAACAGCGAGCGCAUGGCACCAUACCUCACUAUUGGCAAGGAGACGCAAGAAUGGCCCCUCAAUCGGACGACCACAAUCCCUGCUUAUGGGCCUCGGAAAUCGAAGAACGAUCUUCGCAAGCUGGCCGGUAACGAUGCUGCUCUGCUGGCUAAGAUCGGGAAGAAGUCGCUCAAGAAGGAGAGACAAUCGCCACAUUUCGCUAACAUCAAGAGUGGAGGCAGCCCGCAAGAGCGCAUCAAGUACGAUGGCGAAUCUUCUAGCAGCGAAGAGCCUUCAGAUGAUGAUGACUCUUCCUACACUUCAGAUGAAGAUCUCGAGCCCUCACCACUACCCACCAAGCGUCCCGACUCCCCUAGGGGUGCUGUCGAGUAUGACACCAUCAAGGCGUUGUGGAGAUCAAAACGUAAGUCGAUCCCCGCAAAGGACAUUCGGCAGGCAUUGGUGGAUUUCUGGGAGAUUGUGAAGACAAUCCGAGACCGUUGGAAGACGGAUGCUGCGGCAGUCGUGGAGGCGGAGAAGAAAGGACGUACAGGUGAAUUACCACUACUCGGCAGUAGGGUGAAGGAUCAGCGAGAUAUGGUGGAGGUAGCGCUCAAGGCAGCGCUCAAGCACGGUCACCGUAGUAUAGUGGAACUGCUUGGGGAGAAUGCUUCGCUCGUGUUCUUAUGCUACCAAUUCCUUCUCGACCGCUUCAAGGUCGAGGAGUUGAACGGUCCUCUAGCCCGCACUAUUCUCGAACUGAUGAGCUCUUUCACAACUGUGACUGAAGAAUUGCUGGAGAAGACCCACCUUGAUAAAGUGCUUCCACGAUUCGUCAAGAAAGGCGAUGCAAAGACGCAGUACUGGGCCAAGCGUAUCAUCGCCAACGCGGCGACCGCGACGAAGCAGAAAGCUACGGCCAGCCCUGUUGAGAAGGCGGACACGACCUUGAAAGAUGUAAAGAUCGCAUCACCACAACCGAAGCGAGCAGAGCCCGGUCCAGUCGCAGGCGUUAAGCGUGCGGCAAGUAAUGUCGGCGAAGGCAGCGCUCUGAAGAAAGUCGCCACCACUGCACCGAAAGCGAAUGGUCCUGCUUCUGCCUCUACCACAAAGACGAAUCCGCUUAUCAAGAAAGCCACGGCAGCAAUCCAGCCUGUUAAGACUAUCGUACCAGCUGCGAAGCCGAAGCAAGUGGCUGCGAAGCCUUCAUCGAGCUUCUUCUCGAGUCUGUCGGCCACCAAGAAGCCGGGCACAUCUAUCAAGAGUGGCACACCAGCUCAAGCUGCAGGAGUCAAGGCGCCUGAGAAGAAGCCAGUGGCUAGUACCGUACCGAAGUUCUCCUUUGCCGAAACCAUGGCUACCAUCUCCAACAAACCGAAAGAAGAGAAGCCUACGACGACCAAGCCAGAGAAAUCAUCACCACCCGAGUCACCGGAGCAGAAGGCGAAGAGGCUGAGAAAGGAAGCCAGGCGCAAGCUGCACGUGGCAUUCAAGGUCGGCGGUGAGCUGGAGCAGAUCAAGUACUUCACCCACGUGCCUGAGGAGGAAGAGGGACACGAUGACAGUCAGAUGCGCGAUGUUACUGAUGUCGGUGGCGAGGGACGUAUGCUGAAGAUGCAUGCUGCUGAUCAGAUGGAUAUCGAUGAUGAAGAAGAGGAGGACGUUGUGCAGUCGCUUGUUGACUUUCGUCCGCCGCACCCGAUCGACUUCAGCGUCAUUGACUUGGAGGAGCGCGAUCGCAACUACGUUCAGCGUGGUGGCAAACUUGAGCCGGAGUCUGCUGAGCGUGCUGAGCGUGAGCAGUACGAGGCUGACACGCUUAUUGUAUUCUAUACCGAGGAGAAAGAUAUCCCGGCAAACCCACGCGAACCGAGCGACCAGACUUCCGACGCGCCACCGAGUGAGAUCAAGCAGAUCGGACAGCCAGAGAAGAAGUACGCGGAUAGAGCCAAGCACAGGAAGGCGAUGCAGCCGCAACGUUACCAGACGGCACAGCCCCCAAUGCAGAAUCCACCAUUCGAUCUGUCUGCUCUCGGCCAGUUCGUCAAUCAUCAACAACAAGCGGCUCACCAAGCUCAGCUGCCGACUCAAGCGCCGCAAUUGCCUGCUAACGUGGACAUCUCCAAGCUCCUGGCCAGCUUGCAGCCCUCUAUGCAACCACAACAUCAACCCCCACCAACCAUGACCAUGCCUCCAUUCCCACAGUUCCACCCUCAAGCACAACCACAAAUGGCACCACCUCAACCCAACGGCCAAACCCUCGACAUCGCCUCCAUCCUCGCCGCCAUAGGAGGCGGUGCUACUCAGGCUCCGACGAUGGGUAUGCCGGCUUUCGGUGGUGGUGCUGGCGGUGUUCCGCCACCUAUGGAUGGUAGUAUGGAUGGGGGUGUGGAUGGCGGGAGGAGCAGGUGGAGGGAUCAGGGGGAUGGAAAUAAGUUUUAUAAGACUAAGGGGGAUGGGUGUACUUAUUUGCAUGAGGAUGGUGGGUCGUAG